UUUGAGAAUUUUGUUCAAGUCAAAGAAACAGCUCUUGGACAAGGAGGAACUGGCUUAGGACUUGGCAUCGUUCAAUCUUUGGUACGUGCUCAACUUUUUCACAAAUUAACUAGUAGUUUUUUAUAGCACAUUAAGCACUAAAGCGUGUUUAAAUCCUCAAAACAUUUUCCCUUCUUAUUUUUACUUUUGAUUAUAUUACUUUGAUGAACCUUUGUUAAAUAAUUUUCACCAGGUGCGUUUAAUGGGAGGAGAAAUAGGAAUUGUGAAUAAAGAGAAUGACGAGAAGGGAACUUGCUUCAAGUUCAAUGUUUUCCUUGACAUAUGCGAGAUACCUUCAACAUAUAACAAAAAUGCUGAAGUUGAGAUUGAAGGGGAUUCAAUGCCCGAUGGUAAGCAUAACUAUUCGCAGCUGACUAUUCGAACUUCUUCUCCAGGCCUAGUGAUUCGCACCCCUAGUCCCAGGCUAUCUCUACUUAGUUCCAGUCCCAAGAUUGAAGGAUCCCAUGUUGUUCUCUUGAUUCAAAAUGAAGAGCGGCUAAGAAGUUCACAAAAAUACAUACAGGGUUUGGGGAUAAAAGUAUCAUCUGUUAAGGAAUGGGAGCAUCUUGAUUCUACUCUAAAGAGAAUAACAGCCAGGCAAAAUGUUUCUCCACAUAGUUCUUCAGGAAAAUCUGAUUUGGGCUCAAGAAGUGACCAUUUUAACUCUAGAUCAUUGAAGGAUGUGCCUUUAAGUUCCAUGGACGGGAUAGAUCAAAAACCAUCCGCAAGUAGAAGUGCCAACCUUAGAGGUGCGCCAGGCUUUGUAUUGCUUGUGAUUGAUGCUGGUGCUGGACCAUUUCAGGAACUUUGUAGAGUCGUUGCUGAAUUUAAAAGAUACCUUCAUAGCAGUUGCUGCAAGGUUGUUUGGCUGGAUAAACCAACUUUACGAAGUAUCAAUUUGAGAGGCUUUGAACAGGAUUUGAUCGAUCCAAGAGAUGACAUUUUGUUGAGACCAUUUCAUGGUUCUCGCUUGUAUCAAGUGAUACAACUUCUACCUGAAUUCGGGGGUCAUAGACUUAUUUCGAGAUCAAAGAGAGGAAGUACAAUCCAAGAAACAAAUGAUCUUAAAGAUCCUGGUUCAUCUUCAUCAACACCUUCACAAAAAACAAAGUUAAAGAUUCCAUCAACUUGUGAAAACUCAUUUCAACAAGUGGACUCACAAGCAGAAGGCAGGUCAAAAAAUAAAAAAAACAGGAAGAAUCCUUUGUUAGAUGAUCCAGAUUAUUCUCAUGUUAGAUCCAAAUCAAGACAAUCUCCAACUAAAAGGCUCCCAGUUAGAUCUUCAGAGAUCCAAGAAGUACAUGGUAAUCUAAGCGAAGGCAAAUCCCUAAGCGGGUUGAAAUUCUUAGUCGCUGAUGAUAAUGAAAUAUCCCGUAGAGUGACCAGGCAUAUUCUUCAAGGGCAUGGUGCAACUGUUGAGGUUUGUGAAAAUGGAGAUGAAGCUUUUCAACUAGUUCGCAUGGGUCUGCACAACCAAAGGGAAUACAACCACUCUAUUGUGCUUCCUUAUGACUACAUAUUAAUGGACUGCGAGAUGCCAAAAAUGGAUGGGUGUGAAGCAACAAGACAGAUAAGAAAAGAGGAGAAGUUUUAUGCCGUUCACAUCCCUAUCUUAACAUUCUCAGCAGAUAACUCAGGAGGUGAAGGUAAGAAGAUGAAGGAGGCUGGCACAGAUGGUCAAGUGAACAAAAAAAUCAAUAUGGAACAGCUGGAGGAGACCAUUAGAAACAUUCAGCGAAAAAGAAUGCAUCUUUAAUCCCUUUAAUGUAUUUUCAUUGUAAUUUUGUAUUGCUUCUAAACAUUAAAUUAACACAUGCAUGCAUGUAAAAUUAGUCCUUGUACUAAUUUAUCCUAGAAGU